AUGAGCUCCCAGGAAGCGCCGCGGGCCCGGAGGUUCCCCAUCGAGGCAGGCGAUUGUCGCAGAGCGGCCACAGCGUUGGGGACACAGCAGCGGGUGGGCACCGCAUGGACCGCGGGCAGACAGCUGCGGCGAUGCCCCGCGAACCACUGCCUGACGCUGCCCCACGUCCCCGUUGAUGUCUUCAUUGCCAUGGGAGGGAACUGCCGGCCACGCAGCACCUGA